AUGGCAACCACCAAAACAAAAAUCGCUGACGAUGCCGGCUCAAAUAAUUGGUUAAAAGAAAGAGCUGCCAUAUCUGCUGCUCAUAGACGUCAGAAAACUGACCCUGCGGUUGCCCGUCUCAUUGAAAAGGCCGAUCAAUUACACAAGGAACGUACACAGAAACAUUUACAGGAGGAAACCGUUGAUGAUGAGACCAGGGAUAACGUUCCUGAACCUAAUGCUGAAAUUAAAACCCCUCGUAAAGUGGUAAAGAACUCGUUUCGUCGAAGCUUGUUGCCUUCACCGCUAAAUUAUUCGGCGCCGUCAACUGAAGACGACGAGGAAGAAGAUAUCGAUGCCAUUGUUAGUGUUCCCCCACCUGAGGAAAUAGUUGUAAAAGUCGCCCAAAAAACUGUUGAAGAAACACCUGUAUCCAACCAUACCAAAGAAUCCACUGAAGAAAUAUAUCGUUCAUUUGCUGAGUCAGUUCUUGAGCAGGGACUAACAACUGAUUCCUCAUUAGAACUAUCGUUCGAUUUAAAACCAGAGGAUAUUAAACAAGAGAAUACAGAACAAGAAACUGAAGAACAGGAGAAUACAGAACAAGAAAAUGCUGAACAUGAGAGUAUUGAAUUGGAGGAGCAUGAGAGUGCUGAGUUAGUGUGUGCUGAGCAAGAAAGUGUUGAACAAGAAAUUGUGGAACAAGAAAGUGUAGAGCAAGAAAGUACAGAUCAAGAAAGUACAGUCAUGGUAACUUAUGAUGAAUCAAAUGAAUCUAAUAUGGAAGAGGCUCUUGAAUUCGAAACAAUUGAAAAAGAUGAAAUAACGGAUUAA